CUUUUCUCUCCUCUCUCCUUCCCCAUACUCGUCUCUUCUAUCCUUCAACUCUCUUUCUCUAUCCCCUCAGUCCCCACAACUGGGAUUCAUUUAAACAGCUUUGCUUUAUACACUCUUCUCUUCUCAAACCGUAAGCGCCCCUGUUUCUUUCUAGUUUCCAAAAGCUUUAAGUCCUCUGUUUCCCCUGUUUCAAGCCCACUUUUGUGGGUCUAUUUCCUUCUACACUCUCCAAUACAUCUCUCGGCGGCCAAUCUAGUUAUGUCGUCGACCGUGUGCCAAGGAUUGCAGUCGUACGUCGAGCCCUGGCUCGUGGAACCACGAGUCAUGGGGCUGAAUUUGGCUCCACCCAGAGAGUACUUCGCCCAAUCCGCUCGGACAUGGAGGCCAUGCACGUCAGCUUCUGACACCGAGGACCAAGAACAAAAAUACAACAAUAAGACGAUCAACCAGAAAGCUUACCAUGACCAGGAUGGCAACAACAUCAGCCCCAUCAGCUCAAAUGGUGACUUAGGCAACUGGAGCUUCAUCCAAAUUCUCAGCAAUACCUCGCAGGGUCCUGAUCAGGAAGCGAAGGACAGGGACAGCCACUAUGUCCCUCCGCUCAUUAUGCGUUCUUCGUCCACGCUUAACGAGAAAAGCUUGGAACUCUGCACCGAGAAUUUGGGUUCCGAGACGGGUACCGACAUUACUGAAUACAACAGUGUCUUGUCAUCCUCAUCCGACUCCGAAGGCGCAAGAUCUCCGGCGAUGGAGCGAUCGAGAGCACGACAGCUUUUCGACGAGAAGAAGUCGAAUUGUCACGCCUUCCCACCACCCUUGACGUCUAGAAGCGGUUCCAAUUAUGUUUAUUUUAAGCCUCAGAGGGAAAGUGGUAGGUUAGUGAUGAAAGCCAUCACUGUCGCUGCCCCACGCACCAAUUUUCAAGCUGAAAGGAGUGAUGGCCGCCUCAGGCUUCACUUCACAAAGAAUUUUUCUUCUAAUUUUGACCCAGAAGCCGCCGAAGAAGAAAACGAAGGAAACAUUGAAGAAGUAGAAGAGGAAAACGAGGUUGAAAUUGAAGAAGAAGAAGAAGAGGAGGAGGGGGAGGAGGAGGAGGAGGAGGAGGAGGAAGAAGACGACGAUUGUGACGUUAACCUGGAAGAGGAGUUAUAUGGCAAUAAUGGAAAUGUUGGGAGUGAGAUGGGAAUUGGAAACUUUCAAAGGCCGAGCAGGUGCAAGGAAGGUGGGCGAGGAAACAAACUGUUGUUGAUUCGGGAGCCUUGCUGGGUAGCAACAUCUUGA